AAGCAGAAACAGAAGCAGCAGCUCAGCUACGACCCCAACAAGGCCCGCAACGGACGCAGAUACGAGCUCAUCCAUUUGCGCAAAGAGGCGGCGGAGAUGGAGCUGAAGCUGCAGCAGCUGCAGUCGCUGCAGCAGCGAGAGAGCCGUCGGGUUGGUCAGGGCUUGAGUCUGGUGAGGACUCGAGCGAGGAAAAACCCCGCAGUGUGGGAGGAAAUCUGCAACCGACAGCUAGAGGGACGUCUCAAGGCGGAACGGGACAAUGCGUUGCUGAAGAAGAAGUGCGAGAAGGGGAAGCAAGUGGCCAGGAGCAUCGAGAAGAUGGUGCGCAAGCGACUGGCGCAGCAAGGUAUGGUCUUCUCGGACAGUGAUCGGCCCACGCGGCGUGUCAAAAUCCCGGCUGGGUUCCAGUCGCACGUGAGUAGUAGGAUUUUCGAGGAACUGAUGGCUGGGGUAGACGCCUCCUAUCGCGAGAUCGAAAGCGUGCUUGGCGACGAUUGUCCGAGAUUUCCGACGCGCGAGCUGCGAGAUAGUGUGAACGACAUGCAGGUGGACAUCUCAUACAGUAAGAUUAUGCCGUUUGAAGUGGGCGCGAUCGGAGAUGCGUGGUGGCGCCGUUGGCACAACUACAAGGGUCAAUGUGCUAGCGAACACGAGGGCAACACGAACAUAGAGAAGUUUGGCUUGGAAAUGCGGGACGCCAGGACAAAUGCGACUGCGACGUUCUACGACCAACAGAUUCUACGUCGAUACGUGGAGAAUGAUCGGAUCGUUAUUGUCUGGCGGGCGCAUAUCGAGCCUCUUGAGUUUGAGAAGCGACCAGUAAACGGGAUGUAUUUCCUCGAGAAGGGGUACGUUCUCAUAAAGCCUCAUGACCACGAUCAAGACUCGGCAGCUGGUGAAAACGACACGUUCUCGCGCGUAUCCACCUGCUACAUGAUAACACCCAAAUCGACAGGUCCGAAGCUGCGGCAUGACUCGAGGACGACUGUGUUGGUUGACUUCGUGGCGACGGCAGUUUCUGCGAACAUAUCGAUGAUUGUCGAGAUGGUGGGGAAUAUGUUGCUGGAUCAGUCGAUAUACCAGCGUAAGCAAGGAUGA